AUGUCUUCAGACACAACUCCCAAGGAAUCAAGCGACCAUUUGGAGCAGCGCAAGACUCUAAUCCUGCUCGAAGAUGCCAUCGAUGCUCUGAAAGUGCACACACUUGAUGCAUCGCAACUAGAUGAAUUGAACAUCAAGCGACAGCCAAUGGCUCUCAACAAAGACUCAGACAUUAAGCCACGCUUCUUCGCGCCGAAACUCAACCUCCCGCAACCUUCUAAGAAACUAAUUCGCAGAACGAUCGAGCACCUCAAUGACAAGACUGCUUUUACAGACGCAAUGUCUCGAGCAUAUCACUUCGAAAGAGAAUGGAGUUAUUAUGCUAUGUCUAAAACCAAGUUUGUAUGUGAAGAUAGGAUAUGGCGUUCGAUGAGCGUCGGUGAUUACAACCCUUACAAGCAUUUGUAUAAGUAUGACAAGCCAGAUUUCGGCGUGUUCAGGAUCAUGGACAUUCCCGACAAGGAAUCCCCACAUAUGAAAGCAGUCAUAUACCAUGGCUUGGAGGGGGUGGAUAGCACAUUGUGUCGUGGGGAGCUAUUGAUCAUCCUUCGCCUGAUGCUGAGCCAGUUGAGAAAAGUACGGUUACUUCACCAUGAGGUCGCACCGAUCUUGAUUGUCUCGUUUAUGGGCAAGAAUGCGCGUUUGUUGGAGUCCUACUUUGAUGGUGAGAGCCUUGUUCUGCGCUCUUCUGAUCUUUACGAGUUAUCUGAGCAGACAAUCACGUCGAUGGUUUUCAAGGGCUUCGCGGAGUGGUUCCUCGGUGGGCCAGCGGGCAACACGCUCUAG